GCAUUGCUUUGGAGCCUGUACUCUGUAGAUCAGUCUGGCCUCAGACUCACAGAGGUCCGCCUGCCUCUGCCUCCCGAGUGCUGGGAUUAAAGAUGGGCACCACCGACACCCGACCCUCUACAUAAUUCUUUUGAGACAGUGUCUCUCACUGAACUUCUAGUCAUCUAUUCUGCUAAAUUGGUUGGCCAGUGGUCUCCAGAGACCUGCCUGACUCCAGCCCCCCAGCUUGAGAUCACAGUCACCAGUUGCAUUAGGCUUCCUUUUACAUGGGUUCUGGGGACCUGAACUCGGGUCCUCAUGUUUGUACAGAAAGCCUUUCAGCCACAGAGCCACUUGCCCUGGCAGGUUCUGUCAUGGAACUGUCAAAAAUGGCUGACAUGACAAAGCUUCACCAGGCCGUGGCGGCGGGGGACUGCAAUUCAGUGAAGAAGAUUUUGAAGAAAGGUCUCUGCGACCCAAACUACAAGGAUGUAGACUGGAAUGACAGGACACCACUUCACUGGGCUGCCAUCAGAGGGCAAAUGGAGGUGAUACAUCUCCUGAUACAAUGUGGAGCCAGACCCUGCUUGGUGACCGAUGUGGGCUGGACUGCAGCUCACUUUGCUGCUGAGUCAGGCCAUCUGAAUGUACUCAAAACUCUCCACGCACUGCACGCUGCCAUUGAUGCUGCUGACUUCUUUGGAGAUACACCUAAGAGGAUUGCACAGAUCUACGGGCAGAAAGCCUGUGUGGACUUCCUGGAGAAGGCAGAACUGGAAUGCCGGGACCACCGCCAGAGAGGGCUGUUGGUUGAUGAACGGGACCCAGAUUGGGACCUCAAGAAAAGGGAGCUAGAGCUGUCUCUUCCUGACCCGGAUCGAAACACCAACAAAAAGACUAAGAGAAUCCAAGGCUCCACAAAGCUCAGCCAUUCCAAGGCCUGGAGGGUAUGAGAAGGCGGAGCCCACUGAUCAAGUGCACCCAGGACCUAGCUGGAAGCCAGAGGGGUUGUUGGGUGCCCUUGUCUUCACAGGAUUUGACUCAACCACCUUUACCCAGGCUUCUUCAGAAAGUCACAGCAAACCGUUCAGCUGGAAAGUCUUGCCACAGUGUUCUCCAUCAGAGCCAGUGUCUCUUUGCUAAAACCUGAAAGCGAGACAGCCAACAGCUGCUUGUGCUUUGUUUCUGGUGACUUGCAGUGUCAGCACCGUUUCUCACCCACAUCCUUAAAGAAUGUUCCAGAUCAAAGAAAGAGCUCUUCCAAAGAAAUUGAUUAGUCUGAGGCAAAAAAAAAAUGAAAUAAAAGGCAAAACAAAAACAAAACUCUAGAAACUUCCCAAUAUGAUUGAUACAAUCUAUUAUAUAAUGUAUAUUAUUAUAUACAUUAUAAUUAUUAUAUAUGUUAUAAAUACAUAUGUAUUAUAUUCAAAAAGACUAAGCAAAUGCUCUCCCAGUGUUCAGCUUUUUUCUUUUCUUUUCUUUUCUUUUCUUUUCUUCUCUUUUCUUGUGAGAGCCCUCACUCCUAGCUUUGGCAAUUUUACCCAUAAUCAUGUCCACCUAGGAGCAAUGGCGUGGGCAAUGUACCCACUCAGUGAGCAACAACUGGAAAGCCUGGCAUGAAGGGAAUCUGCCUCGCCUCACGUAGCAUCUGCAGAAGAUGAUGACAUGUGGGCUUUCUGGUCUAGAUUUUCAAUUGUAGAUUUUGCAGGAUCUACAGAUCAGUUAUUUCCAAGGAAAGUAUAGCAUCUAUUGAAGCUUUGCAGACAGUACAAGAAAAAGUUAAAUGCCUUGUUAACUACUCUUAAUAUUGAUUUGCUGAUAUGUCAGGUGUUUUAAUGCUAAGUAAAACAUACUAUGAAAAUUAGUUUUCCUACUUUCUAUUUAUCUGUUUUUAAGUAUGAGUAGAUUCUGUAGGUCUUUUUGCAUUUAUAUAUCACGUUGAUUUGGGGGGUCACGUGCACAUGCCACAUUGUGUGUGUAUCUGUGAGUAUGUGUACAUGCUCUUGAGUGCCAGAGAAUAACUUGUGGGAGUCAGUUGUCUCUUUUGAUCAUCUGGGUCCUGGGAAUCAAACUCAGUGGUCAGGCUUGGUGACCAGGACCCUUACCCACUGAGUCACCUUGCCAGCUCCGCCUUACUUUUUAAAGCUUAUGUCUGCUAGAAUGUUUAAGCACCCUAUGUGACUUGCAUUUAAUUUCUGUUGGCACUGCUGUAGAAUUCAGACAUUUGCAGCCUCCCGUAGGAGAUAAUGCUGGUGUAUUUUGCACUAUUCCCAGGGCAUUCGCGCUGCUUCCUGCUCCUGCCUCCCUGCCUCCUCUCCACCAUUACGGACUCUAUCUGUUACUAUGAGCCUAAGUAAAUUUGUCCUUCUAUAA